CAAAGGACAAGUUUUAUGCUUUCUUGUAAAUCAAAUGUAAGGCCGUUGGUCGUUAAAGCCAUUUGCCAUUGCUUGAUACUAGAACAGAACAGUCAGCUGGUAACCAUUCUCUGAUUAAACCCUAAGUUUACCUUUUGGUUUGUCUCUCUGCUUUAAAGAGAAUCAGCCAUGGUUCUCUCAUUUGAUUUGCAGGACUUUAUUCUUCGUGCUCGAGUUUUGAAGUUAUAUAGACAAGCCCUCAGGACUGCGCGAAGAGCCCCUGAUCAUGCUAGAGUUGAUCUGAAACAGAUAAUUAGACAAGAAAUGGAGAAUAACAGGAAUUGCAAGGACAAGCAGAGGGUUCGUUUUCUGAUCAGUGAAGGAUUAGAGAGAUUAAAAGGUUUGGAUGAGAUGCUUGAUAUGCAGGGCAAUGCUUAAGAGAUAGAAAUUGCAAAUGGGAUGUGCAAUAAUAACAUACUUCAUUUUUCCUCAAUGUAAUGUACUAUUAGUGUAUUGUAAUUGAGAAAAAAAAAAUUCUUCAUUGCUUUUGUACCUGUCUUCAAUGUUUUCUCUAUUUAAUGUAAGACCAAAUGAAUUUCAAAUACCGGAUAACUAUAUAGAAGAGAUGGAAGAUACAAUUAAAAAAACAA